AUGGCUUCUGGAUAUGGCUUGCACGGAGGCCCUGGCCGAUGCUUCCCUUUCUGGCAAGAAGUUCUGUCCUGCUACGUCGUCAACACAUCUGCCGACGAUGAUUCUGGAAAGAAGAAGUGCCAACCCAUCCUAGAGGACUACUACGAGUGUCUACACCACAAGAAGGAGGCUGCGAGAACGAGAGCGCUGCAAGCCGCCUUCCGGAAAGCCGAGUCUUCAGCAGGGCGAGAGAAUGCACCGACAGCGGGCCAAAUACGGAAUCUCGGGCUUUUGGACAAGGACGACGACACCAAGAAGGUCUUGGAGAAGUGA